CCAAAAACGAAAUAACAGGAAAACAGAGAGUGGUGGUGGCUAUUCCAUGACAGAGAGGCCAACGGCGACGACGAAGAAGAGAAAGAUGGGAGACAGAAACGCGACGGAAAAGAACGCAGCAAAAUGGCCUUCAAUCAAACCCAAGAAGAAUCUUCAGAUUAACCGCUUACGAGAUUUCGAUCUCUUCACGGUUCCGAAUUUUUUAUCCUCCGCUGAAUCGAAGGCGUUUAUUAAAAUUGCUGAGGCGAUUGGUUUUGCUCAUCAAGGGAGUCUUGGUCCAGCUAAAGGUGAAGCUUAUAGAGAUAAUGAUAGAAUCUCGGUGAAUGAUCCUGUCCUUGCAGAUACAAUAUGGGAGUCUGGACUUAGCAAAAUAUUUUCUGAUAUAAGAAUUCGAGGGAAGGCUGCUAUAGGUCUGAAUCCAAAUAUUAGAUUAUACAGGUACAAGGUUGGGCAACGCUUUGGACGACAUAUUGAUGAAAGUGUAAAUCUUGGAGAUGGAAAACGGACUCAUUAUACUUUGCUAGUGUAUUUAAGUGGUGGGCCUGGUGAGCUUAAAUCAAAGUCCAAGAAUGGUUCCAGCAACCCCACAGAUUCAUCUUCUGAUCCUUUAGUUGGAGGAGAAACAGUCUUCUAUGGUUCAAGAAAUAGCACUGUGGCUGAGGUAGCUCCUACUGAAGGGAUGGCACUCCUGCACAUUCAUGGAGAUAAAUGUUUGUUGCAUGAAGCCAGAAAUGUCACUAAGGGUGUCAAAUAUGUGUUUCGUUCAGAUGUAGUAUUUGCUUGAAGUUACCAAAUAAUCUGGUAUAUUCUUCUCUCGAGGGCUUUCUAUUUGAUAGCUUAUGACUUGAAAAAUCUAUGUCUUGAUUUUCAAUGUUUGUAAUAUGUUCUACUUGCAAAUUUAUGCCAUAGAGAAUUUGCUGUUAAAUGUAAGCAAGAUAGGGAAGUCAUUUUGAAAAUCUCAUACAGUUUGGAAAUUCUGGUUAAUUAUACCAGCCACCUACUCAGAACAUUAUAAAGAAAAGGGGUAAGCUCAGUACUAUAAUACUAACUUUCAGUUGCUUUUUGAAUAAUUUUUCUUAGAUACUUGAAAUUGAAUAUCAUGGGAAAGUAUGUUUGUCUUUCCCCUGUUUGUGUUGA